GCUGGGGCCGUCGCCGUUGCUAGGGCAGCUUCCUCUCCUUCUUCCUUUCCUCCUCCUCCUUCUCCUCUUGGGGCGGGGCUGAGGGGUGGGAGACGGAGCGAAGGAGCAAAGUGCGGAGGAAAGAGGGAGCGCGCUCCGCCAGGCAUUUGGGUCCAAAGAGGGAAACGGGCAACCGCAGCAGCACCGAAGAAGGAGGAGGAGGAGGCGUCCGAGGUCAGUAGCCCGCGGAUCGCCCAGGCUGCUUUUUCUCCCCCCUCAGGGAAGCUACCCAGCCUGCCUGCAGGCGCCCUCCCCGCCCGGCGUGGCGCUCCUUGUUUUGAUAGCAGGAAGCGCGCGGGGAAAGCAGACGGCAAAGGUGAAACAAAGAAAAGUUUCUCUGCGGGAAACUGUUGCUUCCCCAGCCGAGCCCCACCUGCGUGGGAAGCCCGGUCCCCGCCCGCCUUCCCACGCCCCCCCUCCAGCCUCUCUCCUGCUCGGCUUUUCCCCUUCCUCCGGCAGCCCCUGCUGCUGCUGUUGCAGCUGCUCGGCGCCAUAGUUGCUUAUUGUUCCUACUUCUUUCCGUCCCAGCGCGUCUGAGGCGCGGAUCACGGAUGCCCUCGAGCCUUUUAUUUAGGAACCAGGCGAGGAGCUGGCAGGUCUGAAUCCAGCCCAGUGUUCGCUGAGCUGCAAAGAAGAGGGGACCCGCUCUCUCUUUUCUUUUUUUUACAGAGCGGAAGCAGACCGAGAGAUCUUACUUCAGCAGCAUGCAGCAAGUUUUCUUUGAACCCACCCCCCACACAUGUGGCUUGGUGGUAGAGUUGAGAAAUCUCCCCUUCACUGUCUGUUGUUUUUGUUCUAAUAUUCUUUCAGCUCAUCAGACAUGUGGCAUCCUUCUGUGACUGGAUAUGAAAGAAUUAGUGAAGUAGUGCUUAAAAAAACAAACACCACUCCCCAAACACCCAUUAGUAUGCUAGUUUCUGCAGAAGGGAAGGACUAUAAUCUUCUUUGUGAGUACCAAAGCAGGGGAUGGUAGCUAAACUUCUUUGGUUUAAUUUGAAUCGCAAUUUAAAUUUGUGAUAAUUGUGUAUGCUGCACUUGAAUUGAUCAAUAGCCCAAUGGGAGUACUUGGCAUAUCGAAAGGGUUGCUUAAUAAUGCAAUCUUGUCUGUUUCUGUAGUUAGCAAUCUUGCCAGUUUUAAAACCUGAGUUUUUCCUGUCAUAGGUUUUGCUUGGAGACCAAGAUGGGAACAUAGUAAUUUAUCACCCUUCCACCAAAGACUUCAUGGCAGCAUUACCCAUGAACUAUUCCUCACUCAAAUGGCUUAGAUUAAUAUAUGAAAUUAUGCUGUCAGUCUUAACAAAAAAUUACUACAACAGUAUCUGGAAAACGUUGCCAGUCUUGCAGGAAUGCUUUAGAUUUCCCUUGAAAUUGGUGUUUUGCCUGAGGAGGAAUUUUUGAAUUUCAUUUUGAACAAAAUCUGGUGAUAAUUAUUACCCAAGGAAGAACUACCAAAAUCAAUAUGAUUUUGGCUUUAUGUAAAAUUUCAGUGGUAACUUAAGAAUUACUCAGUUGGCCUGUGGAUGGAGAAAUUGGAAAGCUUGAGACUAAAGCAGUUGAAUAUUAAUGUGAACUCUCACAAUCAUAAAGCAGCAGCACCUUUUUUCUCAAAAAAGGAGGAAAACAAAGUCCAUGAGAGUCAAAAGAUUAUUUUCCAACAAAGGAAAACAUUGUUGUCUUAAUGUCAUCAGCACUAACCGCUCUGUACUAGAAACUAAACUUUAUUCGGAAUUAACCUUGUCAGUUUUCCAAGGAGGAAUGACACACUAUGGCGCUAUACUGACAGUUGCAGAUAGGCGCCUAGAUCUUUUCAGCCUUGUGCAAUUCAUUGUAUCUUCCUGUUAAAAGUGAAAAUAAGUGUAUGGAUUGAUAAACAAGGUUAAAGAGGAGAAGUACAGUUUUCACAAUAAUAGGCUAGCUAGUUUUGCUUAUCUAUGUUUUCAGUCAAGUCUAUGAAAUUUGUCACUAGUGUCAAGAGCUCCAGAAAACAUUUUCCAUAUUUAUAAUGUUUGUGGCUAAGUCAACAUAAACAGAUAUAUGUAGAAAUAAAGCUCGUUAGGAGCAAUUGACAUGUGAAAACGUGCAGAUCAAUUUAGGUUGCAUCUAGAUGGCAGUUUCCUUUUGUGAUUAUUGCAUCAAGUAGCAAAUGGUAGAAAAGGCACCAUAGCCAACAACUAGUGAAAGGGCAUAGUAGCCACUUUUAUCAUAGGCUUUCACAGCAACACAUUUUGAGCAGAUCCCAUUGCAACAACUUCUGAUUACGGGAAUGUCUUGUGAGCCUACCAUGUCAGUGGUGAGCAGGACCAGAGGCAAAAAAUAGAUGGAGCAAUGAAAGUGACUCUUAUCUUUGCACGGUUGGCUUCAUUCCAGUCACAUUAAAGUCAGAAAGGUGUGUAUACAUACACCUAUAGGCUGGGUUUGAGCCCCACAUUGGACGAAAGAUUCCUGCAUUGCAGGCAGCUGGACUAGAUGAUCCUCAUGGUCCCUUCCAACUGUAGAAUUUCAUGAUUCUAUAAUGAUCCCACAUCUAAUGGGUAAAAAGACCAAUCAUGUCAGCUGUAUUGUUACUGACUUUUCCUAGAAGCCUCAUAACUUUAUGUGCCCUUUAAAAUGUUUCUUACCUAAGGGAGGAGGAACUUCAAAGCAGAAUAUCUGUUAACUUUCCUAGAAGCCUUUCUUUCAUCCUUUGUAGAAUGAGAUCAUCCUCCCCAGAGAGAUGUAUAUUCUGCUUGACAGAAUAUGACAUCAAUGCAUUAGCUAACCAAGAUGAGGUAAUGCUUUAGUACUCUGGUGAAGCUAGCUAGUAACUGUUUUGUCCUCCCAAGAGCUUCGAUGCUUCAGUACGUUAGCAUUGGUGUUGUGGAAAAGAAACAAACCGUCAGUGACAGAGCAUAUGUCUGACUGCACAAAAUCAAAACAGAUGUCUGCUGAUGGAUGGGUCUUUUUGUGGCCAAGUUGCUUAAUUUUAACAGACUGUUGAUUUUCAGGUACGGUGGUACCUUGGGUUAAGUACUUAAUUUGUUCUGGAGGUCCGUACUUAACCUGAAACUGUUCUUAACCUGAAGCACUAUUCCUGGGUUAGCGGAGUGUGUAACCUGAAGCGUAUGUAACCUGAAGCGUAUGUAACCCGAGGUACCACUGUAUAAAGUUAUUUUUGAAGCAGUAUUUUUUUUACCCUGUAUUUAACUUUAAACCUGAACAGGUAGCCAAGUGUUGUAAAUUGCUACCCGUUUGCAUUUCCCCUUAGUGGGUUUAUUAAAAAUGCCUAGCUUUUAGCUAAAUUUAUGCUCCUUCAGAAUAAUUAUGCCUCAGGGUUGUAUUCUCCUUGUCUGAGGGAAGUUGGGGGCAGCUCAUUUUUAAUUUUUCUUUAUCUGUUCUCUUGAUACAUGGGAGGCCACAAUUUUAUUUUCCAGAAGCUUUGCUUUCUCCUUGCAUUGAUUGGCAUUAAAAAAUUCUGAUGAUAACACUUUAUCCUUUGUUUACAGAAACAACUAUGGCAGACAUAAACCAUAUUAUGAAAUCCUCACAAACUGUGACAGAUGCAAAAAAAUUCCCUGGUUCUGAAGGGUAAGUGGGGAUUUUGGCUAUUGGUGUUGGUUGGUUCUUUGUGGUGGUCUUUUUCUUCUCUUCUGUAGGCUUCGGCUUUAGUUUAGAUCUCCCUCAAAAUAUAUGGAGUGUCCACCCCCUAAUAUACCCAUUCCUCCCAUGGGCCUGGCACCAACUGAUGGUGAGUUGUGACUCCUCCUUGCCAUUAUCCUACAUGGAAAGACAAGGCAAGCAAACAGCAGUGAAAAUGCAGCAACUCCCUGGACUUAAUCUUAUGUAAAAAUGAGGGGAAAAUACAAGAAGGGUACCAAUCUUAGGAAUGCCACUUGAAUAAGUUGAGAAAGGCAAGUGAUCAAGAAAACAAGUGUAUUAAACAACUAGAACUCUGAUUUUUAAUUCAUAAUGCAUUGAUGGAGUAAUCAUUGAGGGAAAUGCAGAUGAGCUCUCAAUUACAGUGGUACCUCAGGUUACAUACACUUCAGGUUACAGACUCCGCUAACCUAGAAAUAGUGCUUCAGGUUAAGAACUUUGCUUCAGGAUGAGAACAGAAAUCGUGCUCCGGUGGCGUGGCAGCAGCAGGAGGCCCCAUUAGCUAAAGUGGUGCUUCAGGUUAAGAACAGUUUCAGGUAAAGUACAGACCUCUGGAACAAAUUAAGUACUUAACCUGAGGUACCACUGUAAUCGCAAAUAAUCAGUGGAUUUUAUUCAGUGUAGCACUAAUGAGACCAUUCCAGUUCCUCUUCUCCUACAUCACAUUCUCCCCUCAUCUCCCACACAUGCUGUUCUGGAGGUUGUCCCCUAUCUCAGAGCAUAUUUGCAGAAGGAGACGGGGAAGUCCUGUUGUGUUGGCUUCUGCUUGCACAGCCAUGUCAUAGCAUCAUAGAAUUGUAGAAUCGGAAGGGACCCCAAGGGUAAUCUAGUUCAAACCUUUGCAAUUCAGGAAUCACAGCUUAUUAGCUGAAUAUGUCCCAGUAUGUUUUGGUGUUAGGACUAUUAGUUGCUCUUGUAACUAGAAGAUUGCUCCAAAGAAAAAGCAUACACAGGAGAUGUGCUCAUGUACAGUUGUACCUUGGUUGACAAACUUAAUCUAUUCAUGGAGUCCAUUCGACUCCUGAAACUGUUCGAAAACCAAGGCAUGGCUUCUGAUUGGCUGCAGGACCUUCUUGCACUCAAUCAGAAGCUGUGUUGGACAUUCGGCUUUAGAAAAACGUUCGCAAACCAGAACACUCACUUCUGGGUUUGUGGCGUUCGGGAGCCAAAACGUCCGAGUACCAAGGCGUUUGACAACCAAGGUACGACUAUAAUCAGCUAUGUGCCAAAACAACUUGUUUUCAGAGACCUUGCCUGCCCUUUUGUAUUGUUGUGCUUCAUAUUUUAUUGUAAAAUCCAUGCAUAAUGAGGUCUGUAAGAGAGACUAUGCGAAUAAAUUCACAGAAUCGAGGCUAAAAACUCUUGUAACUUUAGUCAUUUUGAGAUCUGUUCAUAGGAUCCUCACUUGGUGUAUACUGGUUUCUUCACCAUCCCACUUUUUCAAAAGCACUCAAAAGCUUAUUUUUAAAAUUCACUUGUACUUUUCAAGGACUACUGUUGUUCCUCUCAGAUUUAAUACAAAAACGACUAGAGCCAAUUUGAUCCCCUCUUACGUGGUUUAUAUUGCAUAGCUAUGAUGUUAGACCCUAUUCCUGUGACUAUAAUCUGUUUUAAUUCUGAAUCUUAAAUUGCUGUAACCUGCCCAGGGAUAUGUUGUUGAAGGGCAGUUAACACAUUAACUAAUAAUAACGAUAAUAGCAGUAUUGCUGUAUAGAAGGUGAAUACAAAAUGCUCAAUGGAGGUCUUGCAGUCAUAAAACCUCUUUUGAGCUUCUUGUGUGAAAAAAUCUUUGCACAUUUCUCUCAUUCUUCCUACAAUGGUUCUGUCAUAUUUAUUUCAUCCCAAACAUCUUGAAUGCAGCUCAGCAGUGCAGGGGAGAGUUUACAUCUCAUUAAUCUAUUUCAUGUGCUCAAAGGAUCAGAUCUGUUCUCAAUUAUCCAGUCUAUCUAAUAGUACAGUGGUACCUCGGGUUAAGUACUUAAUUCGUUCCGGAGGUCUGUUCUUAACCUGAAACUGUUCUUAACCUGAGGUACCACUUUAGCUAAUGGGGCCUCCUGCUGCCGCCGCGCCGCCAGAGCACGAUCUCUGUUCUUAUCCUGAAGCAAAGUUCUUAACCUGAAGCACUAUUUCUGGGUUAGCGGAGUGUGUAACCUGAAGCGUAUGUAACCUGAAGCGUAUGUAACCCAAGGUACCACUGUAAUAAAAACAUGAAAUAUUUUCUUUGUUCCAAUGUAUUUAUUUAAUAGUGGAUAUUUGAGGGAACUGUUUAUAACUAGGUUGUUGUUGUUUUGCUAGCAAUUUCUCAUUCAGAAUUAACAUUCAUGCUGUUCUGAACUUGUGCAAAAUCCAAAAGAUAUCAAAUUUGCAGUAUAAUUGUAUACAUGCAAACUCAGAAGUCCUUUUGAAUUCAUUUGGACUUAUUUGUAGGCAAAUGUGUGUAGGAUUGUAGCCUCAGUCUGCUUUUUAAAUUCAGGAUCAGAAAAUUGAAAAUUUGAGAGAGAGAGUUUAGUUUUACAUUGUGUUUUAUUUUUUCCUUAGGAAGAGCAUCCCUAUUAGCAAAUCUGUGGACUCUGUGAUACCGGCAGAUGAGAGUUACAGAAUGGAUCACCCCGAAAUGGGAAUGUGUCUUUUAGUCAACAAUAAAAACUUCCAUCCAGCUACUGGUAAUUUUUUUUUAAAAAAAAACUUUCUCCCCCUGCCGGUAAGGCUUCCCUCCCUGUAACCUGCUUUAAACUGUCAAAAGUGAAAUAUAUCUACUUUUCAAAGUUGGCUGUUGUAUGCUUAAGGAAGUCCGUAAGUUCAAACAUGCCUAAAUCUGCAUAGGAGAGAGCUGUUGGUCUUAAUAUCAGGAGAGAGGAACUUGUGGCCUCCCAGAUGUUGGCCUCCCAACUUCCAUCAGCCCCAGGCAGCAUGACCAUUUGUCAGAGACGAUGGGAGUUCUAGUCUCAAAACAUGUGGAGGGCCACAUAUUUCCAACACCCCUUUUAAAUAGCAACGUUGUGCUUUAAGCACACAGUUAGGUGACUUCAUUACACCUAAAUGAAGCCUGACAAUAUUGUUCCUUUUCCUUCCAAGCUCGAUACAAUCGUACCUUAGAUCCCGAACACCCUGCGGGUCUAACGUUUUGGCUCCCGAAUGCCGCAAACCCGGAAGUGAAUGUUCCAGUUUGCGAACGUUCUUUGGAACCCGAAUGUCUGAUGGGGCUUCUGUGGCUUCUGAUUGGCUGCAGGAGCUUCCUGGAGACAAUCAGAAGCCGUGCUUUGGUUUCAGAAUGUUUUGAAAGUCGAACAGACUUCCGGAAGGGAUUCUGUUCAGCUUCCGAGGUACGACUGCACAAGGUUUUUUCUAUACAUGUUUUAUUUAUAUACAAGGUUGGUCCUUCCAUGGAUCAGCGGGUGAUGCCAAGUUCAAUUGUUCAUCUGCAAUAAAACCAGUGCACCCAUUGUUUCCAUUCUUUCUGUGUUUACAGGGUGGAAUGUUUUCCAUAAAUCCUGAUAUAUUUCAUAUAGAAACAAGUCUUCAGGCUCCACUGUGCUUUCCCAUAUUUUAUUUUCAUAUAACUGAGCAGAAUUUGCCUGUGGCAUACACUGUUUUCAAAAAUUAAGUCAAUGCAACUUAUUUUCUUUUUUAUCUAAAGGGAUGGCAUAUCGAUCUGGUACAGAUGCAGAUGCUGCGCAUGUUGUAGACACAUUCAGGACCUUGGGGUACACAGUCAAGCCUUAUAAUGAUCUUACAUGUAAGGAGAUUAUUGAAGUUUUGCAUAAUGGUAAGUAGUGAUUUGGUGGAUGAUGUAUUGCCUGCUGUGCCGAAAUAUAAAAUAUAAACUCUUGGGUUUUUGUGUUGUCCGCUCUUCUUAGCAAUGAGGAACUUUGAUAUUAAAUAAUAAUUAGAACACCUGGUGUGGCAGAAGGGUUAAGGGUCCCUUUGUGUAGCAGCUGGCUGCGUGCACACCACUGAGUAGGAGGAUCUGAAAGCAUAGAUUACCAUCAAAAAGUCUGCUCUGACAGUCUUAAGUCAUCUGUUGGAAAUGGGCAAGUCUAGAUACAGUCCCCUCAACAGCUGGAGAUCAGAAUUGACCACCUUGAGGGAAUGCAUAUGUGGACCAGGUCCAUCAUGGAACAAUGUGUUUGCAGGCCCAGCAACAAGGUUUGGAAGUUGUGCCCCAGGUAUUGAAUACAAUCCACCUCCGUGUCUGCUUUCAUGAACUCUCCUUAGGUUAAGAUUUUAAAAUUAUAUUUUAAUUUUGCUUAAGCCUUAAGCAGUGUAAUUGGUAUUUCUAACUUGGAUAACUUCAGAGUCUGAACUGGCAACUAAAAAUAUUCCUUUCUGAUUAGGAAUGUCAAGAUAUAUAUUCUUCACUCAGGAAAAUAUUUCAGUCUAGACACUAAGCUCAUUCUAGAAUAGAAGCCACUUUCAGUCCUGAUUUUGUUACCCUUUCAUUUGUCAGACCCAACUUUCUUUAAAUAUUUCCACUUAUAAUGCUCUCCCACACUACUAUUUGCUUUAAUAAGAUACUUUUCAAUACUCAUUUAUAUAAUAAGCCUGCUAAUAACUGCUGUCACUGCCUCCUACCUAUAAAAAGGAUUCUAUGGCAUAUCAGCAGGAUUUAUCCUUCAGAUAUUAGUAUGGCAAGAGCAGGGCAACGUUGGGGAGAAUGUAACUGCAUUCAAGCCUAAGGUAGCCUUACAGUUGCCACAAAUUCAUAGGAACGUUAAAUUAUCCUGUUACUAUGCUGCUUAUCCCAAAGAAGCUAUAUGAUCGACAAUGCUUGUCUCACUUUGUCUAUUUGUUCGUUUGAGGGAAGCAUUAUUGUGCUUGAAGUUUUGCUAUUGCCUAAAAGUUUCUUGUUGAAAAAAUGUCAAAUGAGUAUUUGGAAUUUCUGAAUACUUAAACAAUGUUUUCCCUCCACCUGGGUUUUUUGAAGCUGCCAAGGAUGAUCACAACAAGAGAAGCAGUUUUGUUUGUGUCUUGUUAAGUCAUGGAGAGGAUGGACUCAUCUAUGGUACAGAUGGUCCUCUGGAGCUAAAAAUGUUAACAAGUCUCUUCAGAGGAGACAGAUGCAAGUCCUUGGCAGGAAAGCCAAAGCUCUUCUUUAUUCAGGUAAUUGUGCAAAAUUGAACAGAUGACAAUACUGUGAAGACUUUCAUUUUGAAAAACAAAAAAACGUUUCUCAAAGAUAAAAGGAAAUGUUAUGUCUGCAUUAUACUAUAAGCAUAAGAUCUAUGGUUACAUUUCUGGGAAUAUAAAAUAUAUCCAGUGUGUCUGGUAGUGUUAAUUUUUUGCUUUCUAGCAGUGUUAAUAUUUCAGUUUCCAUACCAUUCAUACUGCUUAGAGAGGAUAGCAGCAAUAUAAAAAACAAACAAACUAAAAAUUCUCUUCCUUAAAACUGGCCAUUGAAACCCAAAAGGAAAAUCUUAACAGUGAUUUUAGAACAUGCACAAGCUUAGACACUAGGAUCAUAGUUGUGGGGCAGCUGCUAAGAAUUCUUUAAGUUCCCUGCUUUUUUUGACUAUGGUAAACAGAUGGAAAACAAGAGAACUGCCCCAAAUGCCAUGAUCCCUGUUUAUUUUCAUUAGGAAAUGAGAUCAGUAUGAUGAUUUUGUAUUUGUCAUUUAAUUUUAGGUCUCCUACAGAAUAAUGCAUUAAUAAUGAGAACACAUUACUUUAUGCCAGGUUUCCUCAACCUCAGCCCUCCAGAUGUUUUGAGACUACAAUUCCCAUCAUCCCUGACCACUGGUCCUGCUAGCUAGAGAUCAUGGGAGUUGUAGGCCAAAAACAUCUGGAGGGCUGAGGUUGAGGAAGCCUGCUUUAUACUAAUUAGUAAAAGCUUGUCUACUUGGACAUCCUUCGGAAACAUUAGUCAGGGCUUUCACUGAGAAACUAAAAUGGCCAAAACUAAGCAUUUGACCAAUGCCUUUAAACCAUAACCAAUUCAGAAAAGCAUUUCUUACUGUUUCAGUUUAGGUUGGUGGUUUUCUCACCUGUGACCACAGUUUUAGCAGAGUGCUCUAAAAGUGCUGUGAACUUCUCUGACUCAGAACGGCUUUUCCAUGUCACAAAACUGCAAAGUUCAACUUGAAACUCAUACCUCAUCAAGAUUAGCAUGCCUCCCCUUUCAAGGUGUGCAUAAACGAGUCCUCUUAUUCCUUGUUUGUGUUCAUUUGUAUCCGACUGUUGCCAUUUUCAGUGAGCCAAUAAUGGUAAUAUUUCUGGCUAGCAUUUACUCUUCUGUCUUCCUUUGCGUAGGCUUGUAGAGGAACAGAUCUUGAUUCUGGUAUUGAAACAGACAGUGGCACGGAUGAAAACACAUGUCAGAAAAUACCUGUAGAAGCCGACUUCCUAUAUGCCUAUUCAACUGCUCCUGGUAAGAUAAAUGAAUAAAAGAUGCAGCCUUGUGGUCAAAAUAAAUCGAUGGCUUGAUGGCUUUAUAACUUUUUAUUUAAUGCAUCUCCUAGUCCAGGGGUCAGCAAGCUUUUUCACCAGGGGGCUGGUCCACUGUCCCUCAGACCUUGUGGGGUGCCGGACUAUAAGACAUCCCCCCCACGACUCUCCCCUCCCUUCUCCACAGCACCGGACGAGCGCCUUGUGGCUGCUUACCUGUGUCUUGCGAGCGGCAGGGGCUGGUGGCGGUGGAGGGACGAUGAGUGGCGCACGAAAGGGGUCCGGAGAGGGGCUGCUUAAAAUGGUGGGCCGCUUGAGCACUGCUGCUGCUGGCAUCAAUAAAGCCCAGCCCCCUUCCUCCUCUAGGCAGGGUGGGAAGAAGCCAGUAGGAGGGCGGGAGGAGGCGGCGGCACCGUGUGAGGGAGAGGGAAAGAACACACGCGCUGGCGACCCACGCGGCGAUUCCCGGACCCUCCGCGGUCAGAAGGCAAUGUGGCCUGAUCCGGCCCACGGGCCUUAGUUUGUCGACCCAUGUCCUAGUCCAACAAAGGUGCCUAAAUACUUCUCCCUCCUUUUGUAAAACCAUUUCAUGUACAAAAAUGUUACUGGCCCAUCAACCCGCAUGCACUAGCUAGAUAGCCUAAGUGGAAAAUAUCGCCAAAUCAACAUGGCCAUGUAUGAAGAUGGUUUUUUAAUCUCAACACUUCUCUUGGGGAAUAUUUGAGACUAAGGGGCGGUAGGCUUAACAGCAGGACAAAUAAAAGUUGAAUGAGAUUAAUGUGAAGCCCUUUACUAAACUGAAUGAACACCCUUGUUCUGGGGCAAAGUUGUGGUGGUGUGAUUGUGACCUUAAUCAGUUUAAUAAAAGUAAGAUUCCUGCAUUGCAUGGACUAGAUGAUCCUGGGGUCCCUCCCAAUUUUGUAGUCUCAUUUUGAAGAACAUUAUAUUUUAUUCAAUUCAUUUUUUUUCUUAUAGGCUACUACUCUUGGAGGAACUCAUCAGAUGGCUCCUGGUUUAUACAAUCACUGUGCGGGAUGCUGAAACAGCAUGCUACAAAACUUGAACUUAUGCAAAUUCUGACACGUGUAAAUCGCAAGGUUGCAGAAUUCAGUUCUUAUUCAAACAGACCAGACUUCCACGGAAAGAAGCAGAUCCCUUGUAUUGUGUCUAUGCUCACAAAAGAUUUUUAUUUUCCUCACUAGCUUCCUACACUGUGAUGUGAAAGCUAGCAGAAGAGCACUAGCGUUUUAUAUCAUUUUUAACUCUUGACCCGAUGUCCAGUCUCUAAUACAUAGGUUGUAUUGAAAUGUUAUGACCUAUGGAGUGGAUUACUACAAUCACUAGAAUAGUGGGAUCACUUGCUAGUUCAGAAAUUCUAGUUUGGAAAAUGAAAAUAUAUGUAGAUUUGCAGUUAUGCUCUAACCUCAUUGCUAAAAUAGAUUGAAGGAAGAGAUCAACUAUUACUGUCAAAAUAAAGUAUCAGUUACCGCAGACUGAAGAGCAGUAAAAGGUUACUUUUAGUUAACUUUGGUAACUGUUGCAGCCCAAUCCUGGGGUUAUUUACCUGAAAGCAAACUGUUGAUAGAAAUGGUAUUUCCCCCCCCCCCCCCAGUCAAUACCAUUAGAAUUGGAGAAAUUAAUGUCAUGACACAAGAGUGCAGUUUUUCGAUAUGGCGUAAGGACUAAACUAUUAUCUUUCAUAUACAAUCAUGUAGCACAAUCAAACUUGUGAGGUAGUUCUUCAGCCUUUUAGAAAUGGCUAUAUGAAAUGCUUUUUGAGCCUUUUCAAAGCUUUUUGACCACUAUAGAAUACCUUAAGAUUUUUUUUUUUAAAAAAGAGGUGCUUUUUUUCUAAUAGAUGGCAAAUGGUUCUUGGAACGCUGAUCUUUACUGGAUCCAGGCCUUGAAGCAGUUUUGCAUGCUUACAUUCACAUUUCAGUUUAGGCAGGAGUGUUGUGCAAGUGGUAGUUUGUGAAGAGUAUAAAUUCAGCCUGCUCCUAAACACAUUUUUGUGGUUCUUAGUUUUAUUUAUAUAUUCUAUUUGAUGAUAAGAAGUAUAUGAAAAAUGCAUGUCCCAUUUCCCAAUCCUGAUUCUGAUUCCUAUUUUAAAAAGCAGCAUGUUUUAAAAUACUAAGACUUAGAAGCAAGUAUGUAAAAUAGAAGUUCAUCUUCAGCUCGAAGUAAAAUAUUUCUUCGGCCCUUUCUAGCAUGCAGAUUCUUAACUACUUUCUUCAUACAACUUUGUGUCCUGCCCGCAUUGGCUCAUUCUUAGCUUUCUUGAUAUGGCUCUUACAAGUCUGGGCUACGUGUCCCUGGUGACCUGUCCUUCCUUCCCCCUUUUUUUGAAGGUUGCUUCUAUUUUCAGCUUAUUACUCAGCUUUUUGUGCAGCUACAUUGUCUUUAUUAUUUUUUUAAGACAUCUGCCAUUUUUCUUUCUCAUCUGGAAUCGUUAGUGAUUGUGUCCUUAGUAACUCCUUUUUUAAAAAAACAACAACCCAACUUGUGCCUGUCUGGGGCUCUUUCCCCCAGUACUAUAUCUAGCUAUGGAAUCCCACCUAGUAUUUCUCUGAUACCAUGAAAAACAUCUUUCCUGAAAUGAAAGGUUCAAGUUUUGCUACACUUUCUUCCACCUUUCCAUAUGUAAUGUCAUCAUUACGUACAGUAGUUACUUUCCCCCCUGAAGUUCUCACCACUUCCCUGCUGGUUAAGAUCUAGUCAAGAAUAGCCAACCCCUCGCUGCUUCCUCCACAUUGUGAAAGAGAUGGUUUUCAGCAAGGCAUGUCAGAAAUUUGUUACAUGAUCUUUGCUUAGCAGAGUUUGUAUUCCCCCAGAUACCAGGGCAUUUGAAGCGUUAUUGCUUCUUUGAAACAUCUGUAAUUUGUUUCAGGACAUGUUUCCCCAAUCUUCCUUGGUAUUGCAGUCUGUAGUAUACUCCAACCAUGAUGUUUUGCUUCUCUUAUUUUUACCCAGGGCUUCCCACAGGGACUAUCAUGAUCACUAUCUGGGAUUACUUUCUAGGUGUGCACAUUUGAUAGGUAAUGCUAUUCACCCUCCUUCACUCAGUAUGAACUUCUGUAGAUUUCAAGUAGGCUUACAAAUAAGUAAGUACAGGCAACAUGGUAGUUAAUAAUUUAUGCUAAACCAUGGUUUUGCACAACACACACAAGCAGGUUCAGUGAGCCUUGUUUUUGCAAGCACUCCCUUUGCCCUCUUCACACAUGGUCAGGAGGAAGAGUUUAGAAGCUUUUGCUUCCAUUUUCGGUUAAUGGGUUUGUUGCAUCACUGAAUUGGCAACCUGUAGCUAAUGUUACUUAUGCCAACUUUCAAACCAUGGGUUACUAAGCUAGCUUGCAUUAAACUAUUCGUAGUUCAUGUCAAACACAAUUCUGGGUCUAGAUGGCACAGCAAACCGCAGCUAACUAAAAGUGGAAGAAAAAGCAUCUGAGCUCCUCUGCCAUGCAGGGAGCAUAUGAGCCAAGGCUUGCUGUGCCUGUGCAUGUUGUGCUCAAUAUUAACAUGAUAGUGAAUGUCUUCAGGCAUGGAUAAAAGCUUGUGUUAGUGAACUUGUGGUGCUUGCAAUACUCGGAGAAAUUAUUGUGAGUAUAACUGAGAUAGCUGUGCAUGUUUCAGGUUGAGACCUUUCAUCUUGAUCCAGAUGGGAGAUAAUGUGCAGAAAUAGGUUCUGCAUGCAUGUAAGAUUUGCCAACAGCAAAAUAGGAAAUGGGAGCAAGUGGGACAGAAUACAGCAUUCACUGGUGUAUGUGCAUAUCAUGGCUCUUUGGAAUAGAGUCGCAGAUCCACACUUCAAUGUUUCUUGAAGUUUUGGUGUCCUUAUUCAGCCAUGGGGGCUCCUGGAUUUGAUCCAUCCACCUACUCACCACUUGCUAAAUAACUCUGAACUUUGAGAAGCAAGCACAGCAGUGUGCUUCAAAUGGCAUAAUAUGCAAUAGUUUCUAUACAUUUGAAUUUAUCGUCAGCUAAAUAAAUCAGUUAAUUUAUUCAGAAGAGUUGACUAUGUCUCUUGCUUAGAGGCAUGAAUCUUUUAAAAAGAAUAAUACAGAGCAAUAUCUGAAACUACCCAUCAUUGCAAACAAGAUUUUUGGCAAAGGUUUAAAUUAUUAGAUAUGAUUAAUUUAUGCGUGUGACUGUGACUAUCUUAACUCCUGUAUGAAAACCUAAUAAACCAUGUGCAUUGUUUAACUAGC